CAAGAAAUGUUGAAACUGUUUGAGGUCUGAAAUGGUCAGAAGUCUCUUUGGACAGAAAAGACCCAGUCUUGUUAAUUAUUAAUAGAUGUAUCAGCGGAAUCUCUUCGACCUGCUGAAUAUAACAAACCUUCUGCCAAACUGCAUCAGAGGACAUUGAUGGCUGUAAAGAUGCGUGGGAUCUUUUGUGCACUCGCAGCACUGCUGCUGGCUGCAGCAUGGGCAGACCACCAACACCAUGGCUCUGAUCACAGCCACGAGGGAGAGCUGAGCUGCCACAAGCUGUCGUCUCCCAAUGCUGACUUUGCCUUUGCCCUCUACAAAAGUCUGAAUGCCCAAACUGCUGCUGGAAAGAACAUCUUCUACUCGCCGCUGGGCAUCUCCACCACCCUGUCCAUGAUGUCUACAGGGGCCGGUGGUGAAACCCACAGCCAGCUGUUCUCCAGCUUGGGCUACAGCACCUUAAACCAGACUCAAUGAAGCAUACGAGCAUCUUUUCCACAUGUAUGGACACAGCUAGGAGGAUCAGCGGCUGGAUGUUGGUAACGCUGUGGCCCUGCGCUCUGGCUUCACUCCUCUGGAGAA